GGGCAGGGGCUGUGAGAGGGGUGCGCGUUCCACGUAUCGGCGUCGCGCAGCCCAGUCAGGCAGUCACUGCAAACUAAAGCUCUGCUCUCAGAUGGGUUGGCUGCAGUUCGUGGUGAGCAGCAAGGCGGACUACGCAGACCACAAGAAAAAGAACUUCGUCAUCACACAAGCGUACAUAUGCUUAGACGGAGAUAGGAAAGGGGAAAACUAGGAAUUUACCUCGCGUAUUGAAGCUCUGCGUUUUAUUUUAAAGCUUCUUCGGAAGAGAGCAAUUUUGGUCCAGGCUGCCUUCACAGUGAAAGAAGAACCCAGAAAGUUUUGUCGUGUAGUUUGUGGAACUUUAAGGAAAUAAAUACCUGUUCCGUGAACAGACAGCAUACCUGCGUGUUCACCAGAGAAACGCCGACUGUGAAAGCUGCCUGGGUCCGCUCAGACACGGAACACACGGGGCGCGUGAUGCUACGAGCGCCGGCUCAUGGCGCGCUGCUCCCCGUCCUCGCGCUGGUGCUUCGCCUAGUGCAGCCUCACGGACAGGUGCUCGACUGCCGAGAAGUUCGUCAGUCUUUUCAGUUGCUGCAUCCCGGGGCGAAGGGGGCCCCAGAGAGUCCCGUGACAGGUUCAGACCUUCAGGUGUGUUUGCCCAAGGGUCUCACAUGCUGCUCACGGAAGAUGGAAGAACGGUACCAGGUUGCAGCCAAACAGAGCAUGGAGUCAAGCCUUCAGGCCUCAAGCACUGAGCUCAAGUUUCUGAUCAUUCAAAAUGCAGCACUCUUUCAGGAGGCUUUUGAUAUGGUGAUUCGCCAUGCCCGCAACUACACAAACCUCAUGUUUCGGAGCAAUUUCCGUGAACUUGUGGGGGAGGCCUCCAACCCUGUUGGCGAGCUGUUUACAGAUAUGUCUCUCUACAUCCUGGGCUCGGACACGAACGUGGACGACAUGGUCAACUCCUUCUUCAACAAUCUUUUUCCUUUAGUGUACCACAGGCUUCUCAACCCAAUGAAAAAGGGCUCUCGAGGACCAGAGUUCUCAAUGGAGUGCCUGCGCACAUUAUGGAAAGAGGUGGGGGCAUUUGGGCCCUUUCCUAAGGUUAUUAUGACAAGGCUGUCCCACUCACUGCUUGCCACUCGUGUCUUUGUGCAGGCACUCAACCUGGGAAUCGAGAUUAUAAACACCACUGACCAUCUGAAGUUUGGCAAGGAAUGUGGACGUGCUCUACUGAAACUGUGGUACUGCCCUGGCUGUCAGGGCCUCCUUUUGGCCAAACCAUGUGUGGGUUACUGCCAACUUGUCAUGCAUUCUUGCUUGAAUCAUGUGACUGAGGUGCACCAGUACUGGCAGGAAUACAUCAAUGGACUGGGAGCAGUGGCCAGUGGGAUGCAGGGCAUUUAUGAUGCAGAGAAUGUGCUGCUCAAAAUGUACACACUGAUCAGGGAUGCUGUACUCCAUGCUAACAAGAACCGACUCCGACUGUCUACUGUGGUCAGCAAUGUGUGUGGCAAUGCUCCUCAGAGGUUGGUCCGUUCUGCCCACAUACCAGUGACACGGCCAGUGGAGGAACCGCGUAGAAUCAAGAAUGCCCCCAUUGACCCAAAAGAAACCCUGUCUGGGAGGAGAAGGGAGUUUAUUAUCAGCUUGCGAAGUUUUAGCAAUUUUUACAGCACUCUUCCUGAGACGUUGUGCAACCACGAGUCGGCCAUGCAGAAUAACUCCUACUGCUGGAAUGGUCAAGAGAUGACAGAAAGAUUUGUUUCACCGGGAGCAAAGAAACCACAGAUCCACAAUCCAGAGGGGAAGAACAAAAUUCCAGAGCCUGUUGUCAGUCAGAUAAUCGACAAACUGAAGCACAUCAACAAGCUGUUGCAUUUAGUGUCCGCUCCUCGACGCAGAGCAAAAGUUCACCCUGUUGGCAGCAGCCUUGAGCAGGAUGAGGAUGUGCUGGAAAGUGGAGACUGUGAUGAUGAGGAUGAGUGUGGCAGCUCUGGCCGAGGUCCAUUCCUGCAUAGGAGGAGGCUGCGAAUAUUUGCAGAGCUCUCAGAAGAUAUGGACAUGGAUGACUCCACCUUUCACAAGCAGCUUUUGCCACCUUAUCAUGGUCGAGAUGGCCUGGGGUCACCACAAGGAAAUGCAGAAAGGCCUGGCCCAGCUGGAAGUGCAGUUACUGCAGUCUUUCUAGUGCUGAUACUGUUUGGACUCCCCUGACCUUUCUCUGGACCCCAAGUCCCUAGGAACUUAAAAUCUAGGACAUAAUUUGGUACUAUUCUGGUCCACCUUCAAUUUCAUUGAGUACUGGAUACUAUAAACAAGACUUUGUCAAAGACAAUAAUCUUUAGCUUGUAAAUUAGCAUGUCGAGUCAGCUUUUUAUCAUAAAUGAGUCUGACAAUAUAUGGGUUUACUUUAUAUGAUGUAUUAGGAAGCAUUUUUGGACAUGUCUGUGUAUUGAAGAAAGUCAUUUAGCCCAGCUGUCAGGGUCUGUCAGUGCAGAGAUAACUAGACAAGCUGAAGUACCAAAUGAUUUGCUUUUAACACAUUUGAUUUACAGCAAGCAAGAAGUAUUUGAGUAGUGGUGUGAAUGGUACAUCUCCAUUACUGUGCUGAGCAUAGACAACUUUCUGGACUACCCGGCUUUUUCAUAUUAUGGUAACACUUUCUCCAUCCUUGCGCAUACAAGCAUUUUUUUUUUCAAAGAACAUUUCAUCUUAUACAAACUUUAUAAUUCCUAGAAGAAUCCUUUCAAAAUGAAAUGCAUACUCUAAGAGCAUAGAUAUUUUACAAAGAAAACAAAUUUUAAAGUAAGGUGAUCAGAACUGUGUUGGGCUGUCAUGGUCAUGGGCUGACAAAAGUAAAUGACCUAUUGACAUCUUUACAGUUUUUUCUUUCUUCAGAUCAUUUCCAUUAUGAAUAGAUAGCCAUCAAUUUUCUGAACUCAGUUUUUCAUAUAUUGGUGGAAUAAAGAAACACAUUUGUCAAUGGGCUAAACAUUCCAGCUUCAUUACUAGAAUAACAGUAAAUACCUGAGGAUAAUUGGAAAACAAAACAGUACAACAUCACAAACAUCAGGAAGAAGCAACAGUUGUCUGUCAGUCCUUCAAUAUUUUGUGUGAUGUCCCCUUGUGGCCACCACUGCUUAACCCCCCUCACCCACCAAGUCAAUGACCCUCUGAAUUUACAGUUAUGAGAUGUUAUUCCAUUUCUGCAAAAGAAUUUGAUGAAGUUGCUGGCCAUUUAGCAAGCAGGGGGUACCAUCACUGGGUGUUUUCAUUGACAACAUCCCAAUGGUACUCUGUUGGGUUAAAGCCAGGAGAGAAAGCCGGCACCAGUAGCCCAGACCUCACUCCUCAUGACAGAUGUGACAAGGGCACUGCCUCAUCAUAAACAUUGCGGGGCAAAACAUUAUAAGCUACAGCACCUUGUAAUUCAACAACAACAAUAAUAAUAAUAAUUCUCAAACUGGCAUAGCAUAGGACAGUGUUACUGCACCUCAUUGGUGUCGUGACUCACUUUACCCCCUGGCAAAUCGUGUAUGAUUUUCAGAGCAACACGAUCAUUGGAGAUUUGUGACCCAUCACUACCCACUAAACAAUAGCAACUCACGACCUACUUGCAGCGGCCCGCAACACAGUGGUUAAGAAAGACUGUCAUAGGAGACAAUGAUGCAGCAAAAUAAUAAUAAAAGAUUAAGACAAUAACAACAGUGUAAUGCUACGCUUUGAAUGCAUUUCCCAAGACUCAUUUAAUUCAAAGUAUAAGAACCUCUCAAAAGGACUUGCAACUCAGCAAAUUCUGUCCCCAGUCAUUCACCACCAUAUAUAACAUGAGCAAUUUCACACUUAACAUUUUGCUUCUAGCAUGCUAAAAAAAUUCUCCAUAGUUGGUUUCUCACUGGAAAAAUUCUAACAUUAUGCAUCGAUUGGAUAGUGAUACUGUGUUCUUUGCAUAUGUUGGAAAGGAUACAGUAGACAUGAAUCACGGGAAAAUGUUUAAUGAUAAUCAUUAUGUUUUCAUUUCAUUAAGUGUUGUGAUUAUAUUAGGCAAGUCAGUUUAUUUCAAGGACCUAAAUUUAAUGUAUAUACUGUACUUAUGUGGCUCCUUGGUAAGAUAACAAUUGCAUAUUCUACCUGAUGGGUUAAACAGAGAGCUCCCUGUUCAUCAGUUCAUAUAUGCUGCUACUAAAUGGUUAUUUUGUUUCCCUCAUGUAACACAGACUUUAGAGAAACGUGAAAUGCUAAAUAAUAAUAAUAAGCUUGCCGAUACAGCUCAGGUUCUAUGUGUUUCCUAAAAUGCUGCACCUCAAACGUAUAUUUUUUCAGGAGAAGCGCUAUUUUGCAUCAAACCCCUUCACAUUUAUCUCCAGCCAGUCCUGACUCCUCUCUCAUGUCUGCAAGUUUUUGAGUACAGAUCCGGCACUAAUGAUUCCACUCUUAGCAUCGUUUAGCAUUUGCCAUUGUGAGUUGAUCAAAUCACAGACUUGCUGCACUAUAAACAAUUUGAAGUCAGUAAGUCAACAUGUCAGCAGGUAUUCAUGGCUGUCUAUUAAAUCACAUCUGCCUAAUGAAGUAAUUUUUAUGAAAUAUUUAGGUUCAGGACAGAUAUCAAUAACCAGACAUAUCAAAUAUGAAUUACUUGCAGUUAAACAAAAAGAUUGGAUAUGAGCCAAAAGCCAGAAUUUAGUUACUGCAGUCUCUGUGUAGCAUUAGUAGAGUUUAGCAACAUAUAGAUUCCAACAUGGCCGAUACAAGUUUUUAAGUCCAUAUUUACAAUUGUAGAUUUUAUCUAGCAUUGACGCAACUUUAUAAUUAGAGGGGCAGUAUAAUGCCUAUGGUUUUGGCCACAGCAAUAGUGUUUGGCCUGGCAUUGUCCUGCUGUACAGCUAGGCAUCUUGGACAUGUGAGCAGAGAUCCUCUGACAAGAUGCCUUGCUCUGCAUGACACCUGUCCCUCACCAUCCUGUCACUGACGUGGGCUUUGAUUCUGCCAGCAGUUACAGCUGCAGUAUGGGACGCAGAUCUGAAAAACAUUUUUAAGAAGGCCCAGCUUGAUGUGUCAGUCAUUCUAUUGUGCGGUAACCUGAGGGCGACCAAAUCUUAAAUGGAUAUCUGCCUUGCUGUUCUGCUGACUGCUUGGCUUUCACCAAGCGGCAUAAUCUAUAGUGUCUGGCGAUAGUGGCAUAUGACAUGUCUGCCUGCAGAAUGCCAGUGGCCCUCUCUCACUUCCGGUGCCAUUUGCUGUGACCUAAGCUUUUGUGGUAAGGCUUUUUUAAAGAUACCCACAGUGGGCAUCGCUCCACCUGUACCUGAUUGGGUGAAAAUGCACCUCAUGGGCUUUCAUGUCUUUGGCAAACUGCAGUGCUUCACAGCACAAGCUGGACUGCUUGUCCGGAGCUCCUAAACAUAGUGACAACUUUUUUUGAAAGUAGUUCUAGCUGUAGGUUUUUUAUUUCAGAAACUGUUACAUUUCCUUUUCCAUCAGUAUAUUUUGCUACUUUUAAAAUACAUAUUUCUGUUACUUUUUAGAAUAUUGUGAUAUUUGUUCUGUUUAUUAGCUGGUUGUUUCAAAAGGAAUAUCUGACACUUCCCCCAGUUAUUUUAUAGAUUAGUUAUUCCUUAACUACCUCUUGCAAACAGUUAAAAGUUUAAGACAGUCUAUGCUGUCAACAUUUAAUUUAGACAUUUCAUGGUCCUAUGUGAAACCAGUUUGACGUUCUUUUAUAGUAUAAUUAGGUAUUAUGCAUACAGUAUUCUGUACAGUAGUUUAUGACUUUAUAGAGUGGCCAAUUUGUUGAGUAGAGCUUAACACUAAAGUUUCUGUUAUCUCCUGAAAUAUGUACAGGUAUUUGAUGAUACAUUUUAAAGGUUAUGUAUGCCGUAUAUAGUGAACUUUUAGACACACUUGAGAAGACGGCAUCUGAACUGGAAAGCACUGAAGCACACGGGCCAGACACAUGAACCCUGUUAAGAAGGUAAAAGGAGAGCAGUAACCUGCAGAGUGCACUUGAAAGGUGGUGUUCAAUCCCAGCACUGAUGUUUUUUCCCCGUCUUGUUUUAUUUGCUGAUUGGAUAUUCCACGUAGUUGUGUGAGUGGCAGGCCUUGCCAGCGAGUGUUGCCAGAGACCCUGAAUUCCUCCUAUGGACACCCCUACUGUUUUAACUGCUCCUUGUGGCAGUGGAGUCCCUGCACCUGUUGUGUUUUCGCUCCAUUUCAACUUUUGUAAUCAGGUAUCACUUUCUGUAUUUACCUCCA